AACUUGUUGUUUUAGCAGUUAAUCACGUCUGGACUGAAAGGGUGAGAGAAGAGUGGGUCAAUUUAACUUCAGUUUUGCAAGUUACUUUGAUGAAACAGUUUAUGAUUUUAUGAUGACGACAAAACAAAAGUUAAGCGUAGACGGACUACUAGUUCCAGCAUUUUCGUCAUUUCAAACCCUAAAUGACGCCCGAAAACGAAUUACAGAUAUUGUAAAUUUACUUACGAGGAAAGAUGACGUUUUUGUUAUUUGCUAUCCAAAGUCAGGACACCAUUGGCUGAAUGAAAUCGUGCCCCGCCUUCAGCAUUCAUGUCUGGACACAUCUCACAAAUUGAUAGACACCUUCCUAGAGUAUAUGCCAGAUCUACAGGAAUUGGAAAAUCUUCCUUCGCCUCGAAUAAUGACUUCCCAUGUCCCAGUUAAAUAUAUUCCAAAGGAAAACAACGGGAAAAUUAUCCACUGCAUUCGUAACCCGAAGGACAUUGCAAUGUCUUCUUUUUAUCAUUUCACAACCGAUCCAAUAACUAAAGACUACUGGCUUCCAGAUUGGUCAAAUUUCUUUGACGAUUUUUUACUUGGGGAGAGUUAUUAUGGAAGUUGGUUUGAACGAGAGAAAGAGUGGGAAGAGGCAGCACGACAAAAUCCAGAAAAAAUUUUGAUUGUUUAUUAUGAAGAUCUUAAGAAAAAUGGUAUGGAGACCAUGCGACGAAUAUCCAAUUUUCUUGGAACCUCGUCCGAUCCUACAUUUCUUCAGGCUGUUUAUGAUGAAUGUACCUUUGAGAAAGUAAAAGAAAGAGAAAAGGAUACAAUAUGGAGCUUUAUCUACCGAAAAGGAGAGGUUGGUGAUUGGAAAUCGAUGUUUACUGAGGAACAGAGCAAGAACUUUGAUCAGGUCUUCAAUGAAGAAAUGAAGGACUCAAAAUUAAAAAUACAAUGGGAGUAAAUGGUUUUGAACAAUUUUUAAAGGACUUAAUUUGUAUAUUUAUCAAUUUUUUUCCUGAUAUUUAACUUGCUUAUGUAUUCCCUUAUCACCAAUAUAUCAUAUGAAAUUAUUUGGAAGCAUAAAUUUAUGUUGUGUGUGACAUUUUUGCGACGCAUGUACUCAGUAAAAUGAAGAAAAAAAUGUAUAAAAAGGAAAUAUUGUUUCAUUAAUUCGAAGUUACUAUAUAAAGAGUUAUGUUACUAUAUAAAGAGUUAUGUUCUGCGUUUUUUUCUGAUUAUUUUACCAAAAACAAAACCACAACGUUAAGAAAGAUAAAACCAGUUCUGACAUGAUCACAAAUACAUGAUACCGCUAACAAAGAAGACUUGAAUAAAAUAUUUUAUGUGUAUGUACAUUAAAGAUUUAUUAAUGUUAAAAUUCAGCAGACAUUAUUUUGAAAAAAAAAGUCUAGAAAAAAGAAUUGACUAUCUAAAAAAUGUAUUUGUUAAUCUUUUGUGUACUCUUUAUCUUGUCAAAUUAAAGGUUUAUGCAGCUUUUAAAGCAUUUAUGUAUAUUUGCCAUUAUAUUCGCAAAUGUUUAAUAAUAUGAUGCAGCAGAAUAAAAGUGUGUUUU